UUUUAUAUAUUUACACAAGUGUCUUGCUCUCUACGAAACUAUCUUAGCAGAAGAAUACUACUUUAAUCAAAGUUAAGAACACAAAUCCCAGCAAUACUCACAAAACCUUAACCAAAGAGAAAAGGAAGAACAACAAUCUAAGAAUGAGUAACAUCGGAACAGGCUACGAUCUUUCCGUCACUACUUUCUCGCCAGAUGGUCGAGUUUUCCAGAUCGAGUAUGCUGCUAAAGCUGUCGACAAUAGCGGGACUGUUAUUGGUAUCAAAUGCAAGGAUGGAAUUGUUCUGGGUGUGGAGAAGCUUAUACAAUCGAAAAUGAUGUUACCGGGCUCAAAUCGACGUGCUCACUCCGUUCAUCGUCACACUGGCAUGGCGGUUGCUGGAUUAGCAGCUGAUGGAAGGCAAAUUGUUGCUCGUGCUAAAUCAGAAGCUACAAAUUAUGAGAGUGUCUAUGGUGAAGCUAUUCCAGUGAAGGAGCUUGCUGAUCGUGUUGCUAGCUACGUGCAUCUCUGCACGUUGUACUGGUGGCUCAGACCUUUUGGAUGUGGAGUCAUUCUUGGAGGUUAUGAUAGAGAUGGACCACAAUUAUAUAUGGUUGAACCUUCAGGAAUUUCAUAUAGAUAUUUUGGCGCUGCAAUUGGAAAGGGAAAGCAGGCUGCUAAGACGGAAAUUGAGAAGUUGAAGCUUUCAGAAAUGUCUUGUAGAGAAGGGGUCAUUGAAGUAGCAAAGAUCAUAUACAAAGUUCAUGACGAAGCCAAAGACAAAGCUUUUGAAUUGGAGAUGAGUUGGGUUUGUGACGAAUCAAAACGUGAACAUCAAAAGGUUCCUGAUGAUCUUUUAGAAGAAGCCAAAGCUGCUGCAACUGCUGCGCUUGAUGAAAUGGACGCUGACUGAUGUGUGGAUGAUGGAGCUACUAAUAGAAAGCCCAUGAUCCAUUUCGACUGUUCGAUGGCUGGGUAUCGACACUUGGUCCUUAGCAGUGCUGAUAAAAUUUGGGAUUUCUAUCAAGUACUUUUUAUUUUUUAGAUACUGUCUUUUUAUAACUGUCAAUUUUCACCCUGGAGUAAUGGAGUUAUAGUAAGCUGAGUAGGAGGAACAUAAUUUUCUUGUAUUGGAAAAAUUGGAAAAUGACUUUACAUGGUGAUAUUGACAGUGACAGUUGAUGACUAAUGAAUUUGUGCUAUAAAUUUCUUUCUUUGCGAAA